AUGGCGCGACAAACACCUUCUCCACCGAUCAUGACGCUGAUAUACAGCAUGGAAGCGAAACUGGGAGAACGAUUUUCGUUAGGCCCUGUCCCGACCGGUGAAGAGCGCAUCGUUAUUCCCAUCGUUGGGGGAACUUUCGAAGGGCCUAGACUAUCUGGCAAAGUCCUUCCACUUGGCGCAGAUUGGCGUCUAACAGAUGCGCGAGGCGCCAUUCGACCAGAUGCUCGUUACAAUAUCCAAACCGACGACGGUACCUUCAUCACUGUCAUGACCGAAGGAUUGCCACCAGGUCCGGAUGGCCGUACGAUGCUAAGAGGGGUAUUUGAGACGAGCACGAACGGAACAGCUGAAUGGUUGAAUGAGGUGGCUGCUGUAGGAGUCUUGACUAGGAACGGGACGGCGAGCGUGAUGAUUGAUAUGUGGCAGGUUACACCACCAGGCUGAUGAUCGCGGUUUGAAUAAGAUGGUUGACCCGGUGACUUUGAAUUGCUGUACCAGGCUCAUAGCAAUAAGUACCUUAUGAACAGAAUGAACUAGAUGGUUUCAAAUUAAUAUCGGUAUAACCAAAAA